GGUCAGCGAGUAGAUGUGGUUUUUGUCCUGAGCGCAUGCUGUGGAGGAGAGUAUUUAACACUGAGUUCUUCAGGAAGUUCUUCAGUGUGUGUGUGUGCAUGUGUAUGUUUGUGUGUGUUGGUUCAAGCUCCAAGCUGAACUGCUGAACUGCUGAACACGAUGAAUAGUGUGUGUGUUGUGGUGUUGGUGAUGUUAGGAGCGAGUGGUCAUUCAUUUAGGUUUAAAGAUUUGACAGAUUACGUGGAUAAACAUCAGGACCACUACGUACAGGCUCUGAGAGACUGGGUGUCUAUAGAAAGUGACUCCAGUGAUGUCAGUAAGAGAGCGGAGCUACAGCGUAUGAUGGGUGUGGUGGAGGAGAAGCUGCGGGGGAUGAAGGGGAAAGUGGACGUGAUGGACAUCGGCACUCAGACGCUGGCGGACGGCAGCGUGGUCCCGUUACCUAAGGUGGUGACGGCAGCGUUCGGUGACGAUGAGAACAAACACACAGUGUGUGUGUAUGGACACAUGGACGUGCAGCCGGCCAGGAGAGAGGACGGCUGGGCCACUGACCCCUACAACCUCACCGAGAUUAACGGAAACCUGUACGGCAGAGGAGCUUCGGAUAAUAAAGCUCCGGUUCUGGCCUGGAUUCAUGCAGUGGAGGCGUAUAAAGCUCUGAACGUGGAGCUCCCAGUGAAUGUGAAGUUCCUGAUCGAGGGGAUGGAGGAGACGGGUUCGGAUGGACUGAAUGCGCUGGUGGAGGCUCAGAGAGAGGAGUUUUUCUCAGAUGUGGGUUCCAUCAUCAUCUCGGACUGCAGCUGGCAGAGUUCUCGCCCCGCUCUCACCUACGGAACCAGAGGGAACUGUUACUUCUCUGCUCAGGUGGAGGGGCCGAGGCAGGACUUACACUCCGGAGUGGACGGAGGAGCCGUGAUCGAGCCCAUGAGCGACCUAAUCGCAAUACUAAACACGCUGAUCAGUGCGAGCGGUCAGAUCCUGAUCCCCGGUGUUACAGACGCAGUCGCUAACUUCACUGAGGAGGAGAGGAAGAUUUAUGAGGAGGUGGACUUUGACUUGGACACUUACAAGAGCACCAUUGGUGUUGAUGGACUGAUGUACAACAAUAAGGUCGACCUUCUGGCUCACCUGUGGCGUUUCCCCACCGUCUCCAUCCACGGCAUCGAGGGUGCGUUCUCUGGCCCCGGAACAAAAACCGUCAUUCCCGCUAAAGUCACGGCCAAGUUCUCCAUCCGCCAGGUUCCUGACAUGGAGCCUGCAGUGGUGGAGAAACAGGUCACGGAUCACCUGCACGCCGUGUUCCAGCAGAGGAAGAGUCCCAACAAGCUGAAGGUGAAGAUGAUUAUCAGAGCCAAACCGUGGUUAGCUGACCCCAAACACGCGCUGUACGAGGCCGGGAAGAGAGCGGUGAAGAGAGUGUUCAGCGUGGAGCCGGAGCUGAUCCGAGAGGGAGGGACGAUUCCCAUCGCUCGCACCUUCCAGGACGUCACGAAGAAAGACAUCAUCAUGUUGCCCAUCGGAGGCUUCGACGACGGCCUUCACUCUCAGAACGAGAAAAUCAGCAGGUAUAACUACAUCGAGGGAACAAAGCUGUUCAUCGCUUACCUGCACGAGGUUUCUCACAUUCAGAAGAACACACGCUGACACGUCUGAACUCACACGUCUACAUGAUCCUGUGAUGAAACCUUCAUCAAUCACGCUUUUACUGACUUUUAAUUUGUGUGUCUCAUUUUCUAAUGGUCUCUCUCUCUCCCUCUCCCUUUCUCCCUCUCCCUCUUUCUCCUUCUCUCUCUCUCUAUCUCUCUCUCACUCACCAGCCCCCCCCCCCCCCCCCCGAGGCACGAAACAUCAGAAUGUUUAUGAUGUCAUGAUUAAAAAUAUAUCAAUCACACUGUUGCACAUUAUAUGUAAUAAUGACGAUUGUCCUUUUCAAUUAUUUUAACUGUCAUUUUUUGUCUUAUAUUCUGUAAGUAUUUAUACCUUAUCAGAAACACACUGCUCAAAAAAAUGAAUGUAAAUUUUAAAUCACACACUUCAUCUCGAUGAACAAAAUAUUCUGGUUGAAAAUCUUGAGAAUAUGAUUUACACUAUAUUGCCAAAAGUUUUGGGACUUCUGCCUUUACAUGCACAUGAAUGUAAUAUGGAGUUGUCCCGCCCUUUGCAGCUAUAACAGCUUCAACUCUUCUGGGAAGGCUUUCCACAAGGUUUAGGAGUGUGUUUAUGGGAAUUUUUGACCAUUCCUCUAGAAGCACAUUUGUGAGGUCACACACUGAUGUUGGACGAGAAGGUCUGGCUCACAGUCUCCGCUCUAAUUCAUCCCAAAGGUGUUCUAUGGGGUUGAGGUCAGGACUCUGUGCAGGACAGUCAAGUUCAUCCACACCAGACUCUGUCAUCCAUGUCUUUAUGGACCUUGCUUUGGUCACUGGUGUACAGUCAUGUUGGAACAGGAAGGAGUCAUCCCCAAAAUGUCUUGGUAUGCUGAAGCAUUCAGAGUUCCUUUCACUGGAACUAAGGGGUCAAGCCCAACCCCUGAAAAACAACCCCACACCAUAACCCCCCCUCCACCAAACUUUAAAACUUUACACUUGGCACAAUGCGGUCAGGUAAGUACCAUUCUUCUGGCAACCCCCAAACACAGACAGAGAAGCAUGAUUGGUCACUCCAGAGAACAUGUCUCCACUGCUCUAGAGUCCAGUGGCGGCAUGCUUUACACCACUGCAUCAGACCCUUUGCAUGGCACUUGGUGAUGUAAGGUUUGGAUGCAGCUGCAAGGCCAUAAAAAAACUGUUCCACGAAGUUCUCUACACACUGAUCUUGAGCUAAUAUGAAGGCCACACGAUGUUUGGAGGUCUGUAGCUAUUGAUUCUGCAGAAAGUCGGCGACUUCUGCGCACUGUGCUCCUCAGCGUGCAUUGACCCCGAUCUGUGAUUUUAUGUGGACUACCACUUCGUGGACUGAGUUGCUGUUGUUCCCAAUUGCUUCCACUUUGUUAUAUUACCACUAACUGUUGAUCGUGGAAAAUUUAGUAGUGAGGAAAUUUCACGAAUGUUCUUACUGCACAGGUGGCAGCCUAUCACGGUACCACGCUUGAAUUCACUGAUCUCCUGACAGCGACCCAUUCUUUCACAAAUGUUUGUAGAAGCAGUCUGCAUGCCUAGGUGCUGGAUUUUAUACACCUGUGGCCAUGGAAGUGAUUGGAUCCCAAAACUUUUGGCAAUAUCGUGUACAAACUGGUGUGAGAGUGAUGUGGGGGCUGAGGGCUGGAAAAAAAACUCACCAAAAAUCAAAGUACAUUAUUGAAAUUACAGUCUGAUCUGACUUACAUGAUCUGACCCGGUCAGUAGUGUGUUUGACCUCAGGCCAGCCCUGGGUCUGUGAGCUCCUGGACAGUCUGUGGUGCUAUCUGGCAGCUUUGGAAGCUCUGAUACUUAAUGUCCAAGACCUUCGAAUUUGGAUUGAGAUCUGGGAGACAUAAGGGCCGGUCAAUGGCAUCAAUACCUUCGUCAUCUAGAACCUGCCUCCAUGCUCUGACCACAUGAGGCAAGGCAUCAUCAUGCUCCAGGAGUAACCCAGGGCCCACUGCCCCUGACACUGGCCCUGAGGACACUUGCCCUUUCAAACAGGAGACUUUUAUUGUGUAGUGUUCAGAACAGAUGUUUGAUUUGAAGGCUGUAGGUUGCCAGAUUGAGCCAUUUAAGAACUUAAACCUUCGUUUUAGAUCAUAAUUCCCCUUUGUAGUGAAAUGCAACAUCCGUAAGAUUCUAAGGAUCAUGUGAUUUAUCUCGGGCAGAAACAAACCACAUAAACAAUGUAAAUGUUUCUGUCUAACGUUUACAUUCUAAAUCUACUGUUUCAUUCAUUUACAUUGUUAAUCUACUGCUAUUAUCUUUAUCUACUUCACUGUGUGUUUUAUAGGAAAUUAAAAUAAAGUAAGUGCACUUCAUAAUAUAAACUAAGACCUUCUGCCCACAGAGCUCACUGCAGUCCUGAAGGAAGUGCUCAAGAUGAGAAGUGCACUAUUUUCUUCCCUUAAAACUAUAUAACCAGCAGGGAUUUACAAUCCUGUUUCUUAUCUGAAGAAAUACUCUAUAGAAACAAUUCUGUGAACUAUGUCUUCUACAGAAUGAUGUUUAGGACCCAAAUCUUAAUCUCUAAGGAUGAACUUUAUAAAGCAGACCAGAGGUUCACCACUCUGGGUUUAUCACCACACACUGGCAUCGUUUCUGAGGCACAAUAGACCCUGGUGGUUUUGGUGUAAAAGCUCUCAGCUCAUUAGAAUAUUAAAAUGAACUGAUGAAACUUUUGAACUCUGUGAUUUGUCCGUGCAGCAUUUAUUUCUGAGAUGUUUAUGAAGGUUAAUUGCUCGUUUUGAAGCGUACUUUCAGCUGCAGCCUCAGACACACACACACACAGAUUCAUCGUUAAAUGUGCACAGAUGUCUUUCUUCUUCUGUUAAUUCAUUAAAAGUAUAAACUCAUGAGA